AUGUCUACUGCUCGUGGUGUUCCAAUUCCCCCGGGAUACGGUCCUGCUCACCUUGAGAUGCUUUUGUUUCGGUACAUUGAAACCUUGCCCUUCCAGCAUGCCCUUAGGGUCCUGGGACGUUGGCCAGAGGAUUCUCCUGUGGGACAGUAUGCACACAGCAUCCUACGUGAGCUUCCUGCAAACUACUUCCAGCAGCCCCGACUCUUGCCUACCGGACCGCGCUUUGUUUAUGCAAAUGGCGUGCUGGAGCUAAAGCGUAUCGACCAAGCUCUUCCUAUGCAGGAACUCCACCCCGACUCUACUACCGGAUGCGUUGGAGAAGUGAUGCAGGAUGUGCUCCCGUCCCCAUUGGAGCAACGUCGCCUGCGUCCGCUUAAUUCUUUUAUGAUCUUCCGCAGUUUUUGCGCUCCAAUGUUCCCUGGGGUCCCUCAGAAGGUAAAGUCGGUUGCCAUCAGUGAAUUGUGGCAAGACGACACCUUGAAGCCUCACUGGACUGUCCUCGCCAAGGCCUACACCAUUAUCCGUGAUCAUUUCAAUGUCGACACUCCUUCGCUCCCUGAGUUCGUUGAGCUUUGCCUGCCUUUGAUUGGGAUUGUGUCUGCCAAUAACUAUCUCGCCCUGGCUGGCUGGAAUGUGCAGCCCCAUGGACAUGACGGCCUCGCUUUGCAGAAGAUCGCCGUGUCAUGUUUGGCUAACUUCAACCCUCCCAUUAUCUCUGUUCAUGAAGUCGUGCAGCACUGCAUCGACAACAACUACGCUCAAGUGCGUGAUGAGGAAUGGAAUAAGCACAUCCUCUCAAAUGGAGAUGUGUUCGCGGUGGAGCCAGCCUUUGAGGGCACAAUCCAUGAGCCUCAGAACUGGGUAUUUGACAACGUUCCUCAGUGGCCAAUUGAAGAGUUUGAGGUUGAAGAAAUGUACUCUUCUCUUGACACCGAGUGCGACCAUGGACUUCCUAUCAUCUAUGACCCAGAAAACGUCGACUCUUUCACUACUACUAUGGCCAGCCUGGGUGAACUCUACACAUAG